AUGGCACCCACUAAAGAAAUGGAAAAACAGCAGGGAAAGAUCAGAGAGGUCACUGAAUCCGAGGACGAAGCUCCUGCCAAGUCAAAGAAGUCAUCGCAAAAGAAGGAAAAGACAAAGAAGCCUAAGAAGAAGAAGUCGUCUAAAUCCAAGGGUCUUGGCUUGAUCAAGAAUGAUCCUUUAGAGACACUAAAUGGUUUGGGUGAUGGCGUUAUCGGAGGCGGUCAACAACAACAACAAGGAGGAGGUGGUGGAGGUGGCAAGGAUGGACAACAGCCCCUGAGUUUGCGUCUUGACCUCAAUUUGGAAGUUGAAAUCACACUCAAAGCAAGAGUACAUGGUGAUGUUACCUUGGCUCUUUUGGCUUAA